UCUGCAUUAAGCGAUGUUAGCUUGCCUGCAGCAGGAAGAAGUUACGGCAGUGGGAAUGCAGCUAGUACAUACGAUCGAGUCACUCCAUAUUCGACAAAACGACCCACGUAUUCGUCAACGACGACAGGACGUGCCCCAUCGAUAGGACGCUAUGAAUAUCGCUCCCAAACUCCGAGCUAUUACAGCGAAUCGGAUAGGAAUCCACGCUUCGAGAGAGAUUACAAGUCUAUGUCAAGAUUCUCGACUGAUCAAGAUAAAUCUUCCCCUGAGGAUGUGGAGAAAACCUUUCAAAAGUUAUAUAACCGUUAUGUCCGUGCGGACAGUCGCACCGAAUCAUGUAAAUCGAAAUCGCGCUCUCCUGAAAGCAACAAAUCGCGAUCAACCUCACGCGAUGAUACACAUCGUGAUUCUGUUACAUCAGCAGGAAAUAAACGUCAGUAUGAAAGAUGA